CAUUUAUAUCCAACAAACACAGGCAUGCGCAGUCAACUCAAUACAUACAACACGAUGAUGCAAUACGUCGCACGGAUGGCGGAAUAGCAUAACCCGGAUAAAUGAAAUACACCUCGACUAAUAACCUAACUCUUUCUUUCACGGCGCGACUUAUAUUUGCCUCUCAUCCAAUAUAGCUAACCAUAAUCUUCGUAUUUCUAAAGAAUUAACAUCUCACAUCACAUCCAGACACAGUGUCUGUCAACCGAAGUCUGCGUAAACACAAAAUCCUAUUUUAUUUCUACGUAUUUACGGUCCAGAACACCAGUUUAAUUUUAGUUCCAACACGUGGUUCAAUCAUUCCGGCCGACUAAAAGUGAACAUUGACAACUACGUCACUAUAAUAUUGUCUCGUUUCUUUCGCUGGCUUAUGAAAAGGAUCAAAAUAAAAGUCGAUGACUCAAUACGAAGGUUCCAUUCUAUCAAAGUGUAAUAAAAGUGCUAGCGGGAAAACGAGUGUCCACGUCUAGUCUUCGUUGACGUGCCAAAGCCGGUGGCCACUGUUUUAACAUAUAAUUUUUACUGAAAAAACCUCUAAUUGUAUAAUACAAACCACAAAAAUGUGCGGAAUUUGGGCGAUAUUCGGAGCCAAGGACGGGGUGAACCUAAAAUGCAUCAAGUGCUUCGCCGCGAUCACUCACCGCGGGCCAGACGCGUGGCGCGUCGAACAAGACGCGCGCGAACCCGGCGCGUUGCUGGGCUUCAGUCGUAUCGCCAUCGUCGACGGCCUGCAUGGCAUGCAGCCCAUGAAACUCCAUCGCUACCCCCGCACCACCCUCAUCUGCAACGGUGAAAUCUUUAACUGCAAACUCCUCCAAACCGAACACGAUUUCCCCUACGAGACCAACUGCGACGUCGAGGCCAUCAUCCACUUGUACCACAACUUUGGCAUUGCCGAGGCCGUUAGGAGGCUUGAUGCCGAAUUCGUAUUCUGUCUGGUUGAUGGCGAGCAAAGGAAAAUUUACUUAGCCAGAGACCCUUACGGUGUCCGCCCGAUGUUCCGUUUUCAUGACCCAGAGAGCGGCACCAUGGGCAUCUGCUCGGAAGCUAAAGGCUUAGUCGGAAUCAAAGAAUCCGCCAGUGAAACGGCGAUAUUAGAACCAUUUCCGCCCGGCCAUUUUCAAAUAUGGAGUAUGCUUGAUGGCGGUAAGGUAAAAUUGGAUCAUACAGAGCAAUUUUUCAAACCGGGAAUGUCCCUUAACUAUAAACCAUAUGUCCCAGAAAGUGUUCUGAAAAAAAUGAAUGUUUACGAGAAAACGGCACAUUUACUAGAAGCCGCCUGUCGCAAGAGAAUGAUGUCGGAUCGUCGAAUCGGAUGCUUCCUCAGUGGUGGACUGGAUUCUUCGCUAGUCACCGCUUUGGUAGUUAAACUCGCGAAAGAAUACAAACUGCCAUACAAAAUACAAACAUUUGCGAUAGGAAUGGGAGAUUCCCCAGAUUUAGCUGCGGCUCGAAUCGUAGCGGAUCAUUUAGGCACAGAGCACUAUGAAGUUCAAUUUGAUGAGAAUGACGUACGAGAAGCCUUAGACAACGUGAUCUAUCAUCUCGAAACAUUUGACAUUACCACGAUCCGCGCAAGCAUCCCUAUGUAUCUUUUGUCCAAGUAUAUAAAGGAGAAAACUGACACUACGGUAGUGUUUAGUGGGGAAGGCGCGGAUGAGGUGGCUCAGGGCUAUAUAUAUUUCAGAGACGCACCUUCUGCAGAAGCAGGGCAUGAAGAAAGCUUGCGUUUGCUAUCAGAUAUCUACUUAUACGACGGCUUGAGAGCAGACCGCACAACGAGCGCGUUCAGCUUAGAACUCAGAGUACCUUUCUUAGAUAUUGAAUUCACACAUCAUUACCUAGGCACGGAUCCGAAAUUGCGCCAGCCACAAGAUGGAGUAGAGAAGUAUCUGUUACGGAAAAGUUUGGAGAAAAGCGAUCUCCUGCCAGACUCUAUACUCUGGAGACAUAAAGAGGCAUUUUCGGACGGCGUGGCGUCGGUGAAGAAAUCCCUAUUCACAACUAUAGGAGAAAUCAUAGCAGACCGGUACAAAGAUGAGCCUACUCUGUACAAGGGCAUCCAGCCCACUACGACGGAAUCAAAAUAUUAUCGCCAUGUAUUUGAAAAAUCAUUCCCGGGCCAAUAUAACUUUACUCCAUACUACUGGAUGCCCAAGUGGGUCGAAGUCUCAGACCCUUCUGCGCGGUUCAUAAAGCAUUACGCUGCCAAAUAAUAAAAGCUACCUAAUUUAGGUAUAUGAUUAUUUAUUGAAAUAAAAGUACCUUUUGCUGUAA